GGCACCUGUAAGAUUUCUACAUUCAAUCUCUCUCUCACUCUCUGUCUAUAUCUAGUUUUAUAUACAAACACUCUCAUUUCAAGAGCACUCAAAGCAAGCAAGAAGAAUUUGCAAUCUUUUUUGAAAACGUUUAUGGGGUGAGAGAUAUGGUAUGUUUUGAGUCUUCCUCGUUAAAGAACCACCAAAAAAGAGAGGCACCGACCGCAUCAUUGUAAUGAGAAGAAGUACUAUACCCUCUUCCUCCACCUCCUCUUCUGGGUCUCUAAUAAGAGAUCUGAUCAACCCUAGCUGGUUGAAUUAGUUAGUGUUUGAGAGACCCCAAUUAAAAUGGAAGCAAUCCCACUUUUUGUUUCUUUUAAUCUCUAUAUAUAGGAACAUACCCAAUCAAAGUAUUGCUUUUUAUGUGAUUUUCUUUCUUUCUUUCUUUCUAGAUCCAGUAACAAAAUCAUGGAUUUUGUUGAAGAAGAAGAACAAAUGGGUACUAUUAGUAAAGGUAAGCUCAUGAUUCCUCCUAAUUCCUUGUACCCCUCCUCCUCCUCCUCAUCUCCUUCUUUCAAUUCCCAAAUGGGUUCUUGGUUAGCAAACAAGUAUGACCCAGAAGAGGAUCUUAUCAUGAUGUCUCCACCCCAAACCUACUCCGUUGACAUGCCUAAUCUCAUAGAGGUCUCACCACCACUACAUCAACAACAACAAGAGGUAGUAGUGAUUGAGAAGGAACACAUGUUUGACAAAGUUGUGACUCCCAGCGAUGUAGGGAAGUUAAAUCGGCUAGUAAUCCCCAAACAACACGCGGAGAAGUACUUCCCGCUCGAUUCCACAACCAACGAGAAGGGGCUUUUGUUGAAUUUCGAGGACCGGAACGGGAAGCCUUGGAGAUUCAGGUACUCGUACUGGAAUAGCAGCCAGAGCUACGUUAUGACCAAAGGUUGGAGCCGCUUUGUCAAGGAGAAGAAGCUCGACCCCGGUGACAUUGUCUCCUUCCACCGCGGUGUUGGCGAAUUAGGUAAAGAUCACUUGUACAUCGACUGGCGACGCCGCCCUGAUAUACGAGAAACUCAUCCCCACCACCACUCCAACUACCAAAUCCCUCAUUUUCGAUCAAUUCCUUGGAGUCCGUUGCUGAUGCGCCCUCCUCCUCAUCCUCAUCAGCUGCUGCCACCUACUCCCCACCAGGACCACCACCACCACAACCACCUGUAUCGAAAUCAGUACUACUCCAGUGGUAGUGGUGGUGGUGGAUAUGGGUAUAGUUACGGAUAUAGCCCUGGAGGGGUUUACAUGAGAUCUGGAGGAGUAGGAGGGACAGAAGCAGAGGGUGGAACGAUGAGAAUGCAAUGGGGGGAUCAUGAUCAUCAGCACAUGCAUCAUGUGGCGGAGCCAAUGGUUUACGAGUCGGUACCGGUGGUCCAAGGGAAAGUGGCUGCCAAGAGGCUAAGGCUGUUUGGUGUUAACAUGGAUUGCCCGGUUUCGGAGACUACCACCAGCGACGAAGAGUCAUGACAUCUUGUCUUGUCAUGGACUUCAAUAUCUCAUGCUGCGGCGCCUCCAAUGUCUACAACUCAGGUUCUACACUGGUACACCACUACAAGCACGCGGCCGCCGCCAUGACUAGUUCUAAUACUACUGGUCCUAUUGAAUUAAUUUAUCAACAAAGGGUGUGCAUGCCUCUUCUGGUUCCUUCAAUUUGGAUAUCUAGAGCUACCCCAAAUGUGUAUACUAUCUUAUAGCUUAAAAUAUUAUAUGUUACAUAUAGAAACAAGUUUGCGGUACCAAUUGUGAGUGACUGGUAUAUGAUUGAGUGAUCUCUGAGGCAGCAAUUGAAGUUUCUUUUGAAUCCAUCUGCUUU